GCCCGCUCACCAACACAACACAACCCGCCACCAUGGCCGCCACGCCGAUCAUUACAUUCAAAGCCGGGCUUUGCAAGUUCACCGACCGCACCGUCACACCCGAUCCCCGCCCAGGCUACAUCUACCUCUACAGCGAAGAUGAGCUGAUGCACUUCUGCUGGCGGCCACGCUCCGCACCCUCCACCGAGCCCGAGAUCGACUUGAUCAUGUUCCCUACCGAUGGCCACUUUUACCCCUAUGUCAAAGAGCAGGGCGCCGAAGAACUGCAUUCGCCCACCAACGGCCGCAUCUUUGUCCUCAAGUUCAGUAGCAGUAAUCAGAGACACUAUUGGUGGAUGCAAAGCAAGACGCAAUCCAGGGAAGGCGAGCACAGCUGGUUCAGCGAGCGUGAUCAGCGGAUCGGGCAGGUGAUCGACCAAUUACUGCAGGGCGAGGACGUGGACGUGACCGCCGAGAUUGAUCAUAUUAGAGGGGGCGGGAAUGCCGGCACCGAUGGAGAUGCGGAUGCCAUGGAAGUCGAUCAGGACCGCUCACUCGCACGACAGGGAUCUGGCGGCGCUGGACAGGACGCAGGAAACGGUGAUCCACGCGAGGAAGGCGAGGCCAGCAGAGAGGGCGGGGCAGAUGGAGGCAGAGCUGAUUCUUCGUCGUCAUCAGCACCACAGCAAGACGCCAACACGGCUGUACAAAACUUCCUCCAAUCCCUCAACAGCGGUGGUGGCUCUCUUGGUGGUCCACAGCAAGCUGUCGAGAAGCCGUUCACAUCGCUACCCGACCUGCUAUCGACAUCAACAACUACGGCAUACAUAUCAGAUGCGUCGCCUGCCGAGAUUGAUAAUCUCUGCUCUUUCCUUCCACCAGAGCUCUUCCUCCUCGCACAAGAGUCAACAUCAUCCACGUCAGCUGCAGAACCUACUCCAUCAACAACACAGGCCGCUCUCGAGACCCUAUCAAUCGGGCAGAAGAAGGAAAUACUGAACAAGGUUGUUCGUUCUCCACAGCUACAGCAGAGUCUUGGCUCGCUGACGAUCGCUUUACGGGAUGGCGGUCUACCCAUGAUCGGCGAGGCACUGGGCAUCAAGAUUGCGAAUGGUGGCAACAUCAAGGGUGGCAGUAUGCCACUUGGCGGGUCAGCCGCGGUCGAGGCCUUUAUUGAUGGCGUUAAGAAGACUGCCGAGGAGCAAGCGAAGAAGCAAUGAGAGAGGUAUGCACAUUCGUUCUUCAGCAGAGCUCUGGCAUGGGCAGCAGCAUAUCACUAUUGCUACGACUGUUACCGCAUAAAAAGUGCCCUUGAUCGAAGACGUAUCAGGGCUACGGAUGUGCCAUCCCAGAUGACAUAAACUUUUGUAAAGACCACGACUUCAUUCAACAGAACUUCGGAUGAAGAUAACACUUUAUUCGAACAUGAUUUUCGUUUUUUUCUUCAGCCACAUUGUAAACGCCACGCUGGCAAUGCUUUCCGUCGCCCUAAAAAUGAAAAUAAAAAAAAAUUACAAUGCCCCUCAUCGCUCAUUCCACCUUCUCUUCACUCAAACUACUCGCAUCCUGCGCCGCCGCACUAGCGACCGGAAACGUCGUCGCAAAUCGACUCUUCUCUCGAAUCUUGGACCCUCUCAAGUAAAACCACACAGGCAUAGGUACACACGCAAACGCCAAACAACCCAGCAACGUUCCCGCCCAUUGCACUCCCAUUCCAUUGAUCAUUUGCGUCGCGAAUAACGGAAACCCGGCACCCGCGAGCGAUCGGAGGAAAGUGUUGGCUGCAAUGGCUGAGGCGGCGAAGACGAGGUAGGCGUCGAUGAGGUAGUUGAGACAUUGCAGGAAAAUGGUCAAGAGGCCGAAUCCCGUCGCUAUGCCCGAGAGGGUGGGCGCGAUCCAGUGGAUGUCGGAGCGGAAACCUGUCCAGCCGAACCAGAGAAGGCCAAUAGCAAACGAUACGCCACCCACAAUCACUGGAGGUAGA